ACGCGGCGGGAGCGCGGCGUGAGGACCCCUCAGGAACCGGGAGGAACCGGGAGGAACCGGGAGGGUCCCGGAGGGGUCGAGCCGCCCCCAGCACGUCCCGCAGCGGCUCGGGGCCGCUCCGAGGCGGCUCCCGGGGCCAAUCCCGCUUUCGUUCCCGUUCCGGAGGCCGUUCCCGGUUCUCGGCUCCGGUGCGGCCGCCAUGGGCCGCCGCAAGUCGAAGCGGAAGCCGCCCCCCAAGAAGAAGAUGACGGGGACGCUGGAGACUCAGUUCACGUGUCCCUUCUGCAACCACGAGAAGUCGUGCGACGUCAAGAUCCGCGUUGGAGCCUUAACGGCCCCCCCAGACCUGUCGGAGCCCGUGGACGUUUACAGCGAUUGGAUCGACGCCUGCGAAGCCGCAAACCAGUGACACCCCCGGGGGGGGGACGGGUCCCCAAACACCCCCCGGGAGCGGUGACACCCCCGGUGACACCUCCAGGACACGGUGACACCCCCAGUG